CAAACAUGCCGAUUAGCAGUUGUAUUUUUCUUAUAGUUCAUCGUUUCAGGUUUCUACCAAAUAACGAUGGUCAACUCUGAUCAAAAUUAUACGUUGACAUUUUGAAAUCUUAUCGACGUCAAUCGAAUUACACCAUGAAUCAGACACUGAGCCGUUUGGCUUUCGUUAGUCGGGCGUUCGCGAACAAUUACGGACAUCGGAAUACAUUCGCUCAUAUCUGGCCGGCGUUCACGUCUUCUUCAGCACUUUACUCCUACGUGAACACUGAAAAUUACAACGCUCAUAACGUGAUGGUCAAAGAUCCUGCAUAUCGUGCUACGAUUGUCAAUCCAGACUCGUCUGCUGUCAACUGGCCAACAGCGAUUACUGCUCGGCAGUUUCAUGAGCUUAUCAGUCAGGACUUCAGUGUUAAGACGGCUGACGAACUGUACAAAGACUUUAUAGCGAUCAGCUUGUACGCUAAGGGAAAAGACUACCGACUAGCUGAUACGGUGUAUGAUGGUCUUCGGGACCGUCUGAUUAGUGUCCUGCCCCAGAUGACUGAUGAGCAGCUGUCAACCAUGUUGACCCUCAUACCAUUGUGGGACACCAAAUAUGCCAAGGAUCCUGUCUACCAUCGUCUGUGGUCUGAGUUUGACCGACAGUGCAUUGAAAGGCAUAGGCGUUGGACUCUUAACAAGCUUUUGCUGUUUAUGGACCAUUGGUACUUGAUGAGGCUGUCUAGACUGAGUAAUUUUGUUUGGAUGGGUGUCAGGAAGUUAGCACGUAAGCCGUCAAGAUUGACUCCCAAGCAAUUAGUUCAGAUGAUGUUUUAUGCUAACACAAGUAGAAAGUUUUUGCCAACAUUACCAAUGUAUGAUAUUGAACAAGAAAUAUGUGCUUAUUACAACGAUUUUAAUAUCAAUGAAUUGGGCAUAGUGUCUUUAGGAUUCUUUAAAACUCAAACCCCUAUACGUAAUCAGGAGCUUGUAAAAAAUCUGUAUAACUCUGUUAUUAAAGAAAUUGAAAACAUAAAUAGUAUAGAAUUGGCUGCAUUUUUAAAGAUAUUUAGAUAUUGCUCAAGGCAUCAGCAUGCUGAUUAUAUGUACAAAUUAAUGGAUGUUUUAAUAAAUAAAGUCGAUGAAGUACAAUUAGUAUGCUGUGUUCAUAUGGCUCUAUUGGGUACUAAUUUAUUGAUUAAACAUGAAAACCUUUUGAAAAAAAUAUCACAGCGCAUAGUUGAUGAAAUAUCUCUAGCUAGAAUUAAGGAUUUAGAAAGAAUAACUUUGGCUUUAACUAUGUUGAAUUAUAAUCCACAAACAACACCAUGUAUAUUUGAGAUGAUUGUUAAGGAACUCCAGAAUGAUACAAGAAAUGUUGAAUUUGAAGAACAUCCUAGAUGUUAUAUUUAUACUUUGUCAUACUUAGCUGUGAACAGUAUUUAUCCUAAAGAUUGUAUUUCAAAAGCUUUAAACAUUGAAACUCUUCAUAAAUGUUUUGGAAAAAGAUUAUCCAGAUUUAAUAUAUCACGUGAUAUUGUAAGUUUAAACAAUAGUGUACUUAUAGAAUGUCCUGAUUAUUCUGGUUCGUUAUUACCAGAUACAUUGAAAGAAUCUUGUAAUGAACAUUUAGCAUGGCAUAUACCUACUUCAAGUACUGUGGCUAAAUUAGGUGCAAGUGACAAGAACUUUAUUAAACUUUACAAAGAACUUCUAAGCCUAUUCAAAAAUGAGGCUUAUUUACACGUUUGUUACCCUCUUCCUCAUCAUCCAAAAUCUGAUAUAUUAUUUUGCAUCAAUACAAAUGGUAAACCAGUGCCUAUUCCUGAAACAAUGAAAAAUAGAACUGUAUUGAGUGAUUUUAAGAAACCGCCAGAACUAGGAAAAUGGUUUGCUAUAACAGCUCUUGUUAGAAAUUCAGUACUCUAUUAUAGUAAUGAGUAUAAUGGUUUAACAUUGUGUAAAAUCAGACAACUUAAGAAACUUGGCUAUGAGCCAAUUUUGUUUACUGAUAGAGAGUUGGGAACUGAUUAUGACUUUCAAACAUUCAUAUCAGAAAAAUUGAAGAGCCAUGGAAUAACUUUUGAUUAAAAAUAUGUACUGCUUAGUUUUUAUUCAUAUUUAAGUUAUUAAUUAGUUGCUUUAGACAAUUGCAAUGUAACUUACAUGCAUUGUUUUUUACAAUAAUAAAUAUAAUUGUUGAAUAAUUUAAUUAUGACAUAAUUAUUAAAUAUUAUAAGAAUAACCUUGUUAUUAUUUUUA